GUCGGGGGGACCCCGGAGGUGGUGUCGGUGGUGGGCCGCGCGGGACAGGGCGCCUUGCUGGGCUGCGAUCUGCUGCCCCCCGCCAGCCGGCCCCCGCUGCAUGUCAUCGAGUGGCGGCGCCUGGGCUUCCUGCUGCCCAUCUUCAUCCAGUUCGGCCUGUACUCCCCCCGGGUGGACCCCGAGUACCUGGGGCGGGUCCAGCUGCAGAGAGGGGCCUCUCUCUACAUUGAGGGCCUCCGGGCUGAGGACCAGGGCUGGUACGAGUGCCGUGUGCUGUUCCUGGACCGGCCAAGCCCGGACGAGGCGGCCAACGGCUCCUGGGUGCACCUCGCCGUGAACCGCCCCCCUCGUUUCUUGGAGACGCCCCCCAGGGUGCUGGAGGUGCGGGAGCUGGAGCCCCUGACGCUGCACUGCGUGGCCCGUGGCAGCCCCCAGCCUCAGGUCACUUGGAUGCUUGGAGGACAGGACCUGGGCCCGGGUCAGGGCCCCGUGCAGGUGCAGAACGGGACGCUGCGCAUCCGACAGGUGCAGCGGGGCAGCGCGGGGACCUACUCGUGCCGGGCGUCCAGCCCCGAGGGCAGCGCCGUCCACAGCACCCAGCUGCUGGUGUUAGGCCCCCCCCUCAUCGUGGUGCCCCCCGAGAACCGCACAGUCAAUGCCUCCCGCGAUGUGUCGCUGGCCUGCCGGGCCGAGGCUUACCCGGCCAACCUCACCUACAGCUGGUUCCACGAUGGCACCAACGUCUUCCACCCCAGCCGCCUGCAGGCCCGAGUGCGGAUCCUGGUGGACGGGAGCCUGUGGCUGCGGGCAGUGCAGCCCGAGGACGGUGGCCGGUACACCUGCGUGCCCAGCAAUGGGCUCCCUCCACCGCCCUCGGCCUCUGCCUACCUUACAGUCCUCUACCCAGCGCAGGUCACCGCGAUGCCUCCGGAGACGCCCCUGCCCAUCGGCAUGCCCGGCGUGAUCCGAUGCCCGGCCAGGGCCAACCCACCACUGCUCUCUGUCAGCUGGACCAAGGACGGGCAGGUCCUGCAGCUGGACAAGUUCCCCGGCUGGUCGCAGGACCCUGAAGGCUCACUCGUGGUCAUGGUGGGCAACGAGGACGCCCUGGGGGAGUAUUCCUGCACCCCCUACAACAGGCUGGGCACCGCCGGGCCCUCGGCCAUCACCCGUGUCCUGCUCAAGGUGCACCCCCCGGCUUUCACAGAGCAGCCCCGGGACGAGUACUUCCAGGAGGUGGGGCGGGAGCUCCUCGUUCCCUGCUCAGCCCGCGGAGACCCGCCCCCCCGCCCCCCGUGGGCGUGAGUGGGCAGGGGGGUGCGGGCCCACGUGGACAGCAACAGCAGCCUUGUCCUGCGGCCGCUGACCAAGGAGGCACAUGGCCGCUGGGAGUGUUCGGCUAGCAACGCCGUGGCCCGGGUGACCGUGUCCACCACCAUCUACGUGCUAGGCACCAGCCCCCAUGCCGUCACCAACGUGUCCGUGUUACCUGUACCCCGGGGCGCGAAUAUCUCCUGGGAGCCGGGGUUCGAUGGAGGAUCCCCUCAGAGGUUCAGCGUCUGGUACACCCAGCUAGCCAGACGUCCUGAGCGCGCACACCACGACUGGGUGUCCCUGGCGGUGCCCGUGGGCACCGCACACCUACUCGUGGGGGGGCUGCAGCCGCACACUCCGUACCAGUUCAGUGUCCUGGCCCAGAAUCAGCUGGGCAGUGGGCCCUUCAGCGAGAUCGUGCUCACAGUUCCUGAAGGGCUUCCGGCCACGCCUACGGCCCCUGGGAUGCCGCCCACCGCCCCAUUGCAGCUCCUGACCCCACCGCGACGCCUGGUGGCCACCAGGACGCCCCGGGGGGUCCUCCUGCACUGGGAGCCCCCAGAACAGGUUCCUGAGAGACUGGACGGCUACAUCCUGGAGGGACGGCCAGGCUCCCAGGGCUGGGAGGUGCUGGACCCCGCUGUGGCCGGCACAGACACUCAGCUGCUCGUGCCAGGGCUCAUCAAGGAUGUUCUCUACGAGUUCCGCCUGGUGGCCUUGGCAGGAGGCCACGUCAGCGGCCCCAGCAACACGGCCAACGUGUCCACUGCUGGCCUGGAGGUGUACCCGUCACGCACGCAGCUGCGCCUCCUGCCGCAGCCCGUGCUGGCCGGCGUGCUGGGCGGGGUCCUCUUCCUGACCGUCGCUGUCCUCGUGAGCAUCCUCGCCGCCUGCCUUAUGAACCGGCGCCGGGCUGCGCGCCACCACCGCAAGCGCUUGCGCCAAGGUCCCCCGCUUGUCUUCUCUCCGCCCCGGAAGGCGGCCGCACACUCCGACCCCCGCCCGGGCACUCCUGACAGCGUGACCAAGCUGAAACUCCAGGCCUCGCCGGAGCCCAGCCUGCGCCAGAGCCUGCUCUGGGGGGAGCCCCGGGGGGCCCCCAGCCCCCCUCCAGACCCCCCGCCUAGCCGCGGACCCUUGCCCUUGGAGCCCAUCUCCCGGGGACCGGAUGGGCGCUUUGUGAUGGCCCCCGACGCGGGGGCCCCCCAGGAAAGGCCGGGGCCCGGCCGGGUGCCGCCUCCUGCCAGGCCCUGUGACUGCAGCAGCAGCAGCCCUAGUGGGCAGCCGCGGCCACUCUGCAUCCCGGACAUCAGCCCCGUGGGGCCGCCCCCGCCGGACCCGCCCGGGCCGCUGCUCCAGUUCCUCAGCCUGCCCUUCUUCCGCGAGAUGAACGUGGACAGAGACUGGCCCCCCUUGGAGGAGACGGGCCCCAGCCUGACCCCGGAUUACAUGGACACCCGGCCCUGCCCCCGCUCAUCACUGCCCCCUUCCUUGGACUCCCCCGUGGCCUCGCCAGGGGCCGCCCCGGAGCCCCCCUCGGGGGCGCUGGCCGAGUGGACGCUGCGGGAGCGGCUGCUCCCGAGUGUCUUCCCCGCCGCUCCCCGGGGCAGCCUGACCAGCCAGAGCAGUGGACGGGGCAGUGCCUCCUUCCUGCGUCCCCCGUCCACCGCGCCCUCUGCAGGGGGCAGCUACCUCAGCCCCCCUCCCGGAGACACGGGCAGCUGGGCGGGCGGCCCAGAGAGGUGGUCUCGCAGGGAACAGGUGCUGCCAGUGAGCAAGAGGAGGAACACAUCCGUGGACGAGAACUAUGAGUGGGACUCCGAGUUCCCCGGGGACCUGGAAUUGCAGGAGCCCGUGUCCUGGGGCCCGGCUGUCCACCGGCUGCCCCUGGAGGCAGCGUCUGAGCAGGGUGCGAAGACCCUCGAGCACGGCUGCUUCCCGCACCCCUCGCGGCCCCCAGGCCCCGAGGCUCGCUGUGCUGCCCUCCGGGAGGAGUUCCUGGCCUUCCGCCGCCGCCGGGACGCAGCCAGGACCCGCCUGCUGGCCUGCAGACGGCCGGCCCUGCACCCGGAACAGGCCACUCUGCUGUGAAGCCUC